AAAAACAUUAGUUUUUUAACUGUACAAUUUUAGCACAGUUUGUAGUUAAUAGAAUUAGAUUAGUGAAAAUAAUAUUACUAUUCUUACAAGCUUAAUAAUGAGUACAAUCUUUCUUUUAGCAGUAUUAUUUGUACAAGUUUACUGUGAUACUAACUUUAAUAAUAUCAAUUUACCUGAAGAACAUCUAGCCUACUACUUUCGAAACUUUCCUAAGGUAGCUGAACAAUGUUCCCGAAGUAACAGUUGUUCGUUUAAGAAGUAUUUAGAUAAGGAUGUUUGUUGGGGAUAUGAGUAUGAUUGCGACUGGAGCAAACAAUAUUUAAAACCAUAUUGUCCAGGGGAUCAUAAAGGUUGGGUGAAAACAAAACAUGCACAAGAGACUACAUUUCAUGCCCAAGCCGAUUUUGGCUAUAUUAAACAACAACUACGAGAAAUGAAGUUGGUUUGUGAACCCCUUUUCCAAGAUGAUAGUUCUUUGGAAUGUUCAGAACAUCUGCGGUUCUGUAGAGGCAGAAAUUUAAUGAUAAAUUUUACAAAGUUGGCGAAUAGGGAGGAACCAAUUCGGUACAAAAUGGAUGUUCUGGGUGAAGGUGAUAUUGGGGGCUACUGUAAUUUAAGACAAGCUUGGUUAGAUGAACAAGCUGAUCAGAUUAGCCCUUUGCAGAGUUGGGGACCUGAGUUAAGGUAUUUUAAACAGUUGGACCAUAGACCAAUUAACGAAGGAGACUGUGAUGUAGUUAUAGACAAACCAACUUUUAUUUUAAAAAUAGAUGCAACAGUAAAUAUGUAUCAUCACUUCUGUGAUUUCUUCAAUUUGUAUGCUUCUUUGCAUUUAAAUGCUACACAAGAGGAUGCAUUUUCUACAAACGUCCAUAUCUUGAUAUGGGAGAGCUUUACUUACAGAUCAGCAUUUCAGGAUACUUGGGACGCAUUCACAGAUCAUCAGUUAUGGGAUUUAAAAACAUUCAAAGGUAAAACAGUCUGUUUUAAGAAUGUUGUAUUCCCUCUUCUACCAAGGAUGAUAUAUGGGUUGUAUUAUAACACCCCUAUCAUUUAUGGCUGUGAAAAGAGUGGAUUAGUUGAUGCUUUUUCUAAGCAUGUUUUACACAGGUUAAGAAUACCUGAGUACACAAGGACCAACAAAAAAAUCCGAAUUACAUUUUUAUCAAGAGAAACAAAAUUUAGAAGAAUAUUAAAUGAGAGAGAACUAGUAGAUGCCUUAAAACAAAACGAAAAUUAUGAUGUGCAGUUAGUAGUGUUUAGCAGAGAAGUGCCUUUUAAGAAGCAGUUGGAAAUUGCUAGAAAUUCAGAUGUCUUUGUGGGUAUCCAUGGGGCUGGUUUGACCCAUUUGCUGUUCUUGCCAGAGUGGGCCUCUGUGUUUGAGGUAUACAACUGCCAGGACAGUAAUUGCUACUUUGAUUUGGCCAGAUUGAAAGGUGUUAAGUACUUCACUUGGGAGGAUACUAGUAAAUUGACCAGUAUAACUGAGGGUUCAUAUUCUGGAGGUUCGCCUGCAAAGUUUGUUAAUUAUAAAAUGGAUAAGACAGAAUUUGUCAGGAUUGUAAACAAAGCUGCUGAACAUGUUAGAAGUCAUCCAAAGUAUCAAGAGCACCUUGAGAACAGGCCAACAGAUGCCGAAGAUCUUUCAAAUGUUACAGAUACUGACAAACUUCAUGAAGAACUUUAACAUAAUGUCCACCCAGUUGUUUGACUUGUUCCUGAAGAUUUUUAACCCAAGAUUCUUCAUUCUAAUGAACCUCUUCAAGAGCAAGUUAAGUUGAAAGUUCACCAUAUAUUUUAACUCCCCUUUCUUAUCAGCUUAUUCAUGAAAAUUUAGGUCAGCUCACUAGGCAACUUUUUUACUAAGAAUUGUAACAUGACAUUCAUCUGACAGUUGAAUUUCU